CCAACUUAUCCUGGAUAAGUCACAACACCACCCCUCCUGACCCCGUCUCAAUAUGAUUAUUGUUUAGCUGCUCACGUGUCGGAGGUUUUGGUUAUCCAGCUGGCAAAUUGAGGAUUACCGCGUGGUCACUGGUGCGGUGCGCGGAGGCUAUAAAAGCUCCUGACGCACGAUCCCAACCGGGACCAUCGGAGGACGAGGAAACACAAGGAGAAAGAGCAGACAACUAGUGUUGAAUUGUGUGACUUUGAAAGCAUGUCGCUGGUGAGUUCCAUGUCGUUCCAGAAGCCUCUUUCCUUGCGCUCUCCGAUGGCGCAGGGACGUCGCCACACGCUGCCGGCCAGCGAGUUCCGCUCCCUCAGCCCGGAGGACGCCAUCAGCGUCUUUGAGAUUGAGAGAGAAGCGUUCAUCUCCGUGUCCGGUGAGUGUCCUCUCCUGCUGGACGAGGUGCGUCACUUCCUCACGCUGUGUCCCGAGCUGUCACUGGGCUGGUUCGAGGAGGGACGUCUGGUGGCUUUCAUCAUUGGCUCACUGUGGGACCGGGAGAGACUUGCUAUGGAUGCCCUGACCCUCCACAAGCCUCACGGCAUGACGGUCCACAUCCACGUCCUGGCUGUCCACCGCACCUUCCGCCAACAGGGCAAAGGGUCCAUCCUGAUGUGGCGCUACCUGCAGUACCUCCGCUGUUUGCCGUACGUCCGGCGGGCUGUGCUCAUGUGCGAGGACUUCCUGGUUCCCUUCUACCAGAAGUCCGGCUUCAAAGUGCAGGGUCCUAGUGAGAUCACAGUGGGGCCGCUCACCUUCAUUGAAAUGUUGUACCCGGUCAGGGGCCAUGCCUUCAUGCGUCGCAACAGUGGAUAUUGAAAGAGAAGGACUUGACUUGUUUUUUCUCAGGAUGGAUGCCAGUGGCAGGCCCCUGGUUGGAAAAGGGACACUUUGAGGGGAUGUCAAGCUCAGUGUGAUUGUGAUCAUAUCUCUGAGCGCUCGGGCAAGGUGACACAUUCACUCGGCCUUUGAAGAGGCAUAAAACGUCUGCCAUUAAAGUAGUUAAAAUAAAACAAGAACAUUAAAAAAAAUAAAAAUAAAAAAUCAGAGAAAAAGAAUGCACUCGUUGGGAAAAACAUUUUGUAUUUUAUAAUUUUGUCUUUUCUAUAUCUGCAAAUGUCGAUAAAGGUUCUGGCAAAUUCAGAUUGAAAAAAAAAAUAAAAUAAUAAAAUAAAAAUAAAUAUUUAAAGCACGUACAAAAAAAAAAGUCAAUAUGAUCUGCAUCUCAAUCUAACUUCAUUUCUUUAUAAGCCCUUCUAACAUCUUGCCUUCUCUGUUGAAGAUAUUCAUCAUCUGUGCCUCUUGAAGUCUUGAAUCAAGACAAAUGCAUUUUCAAUACUGUUGUAAUGUUUUGUUCUUAAGGUAAUAAAGGAUAUAUUUUCAA